AUGUCUGCCCUAACUCCUCAGCACAUUAACGACUUCCAUGCCUUGCUUCCCGCAGAGGAGGUCAUCGGCCCCUCGUCUCCCCUGUACAAAGACAACACACUCUGCUGGGCUUAUCAAAAAGACCUAAAGCCCGCACUCGUCCUCUGUCCCACCUCCCUUCCCUCUCUCCAAGCUACACUCAAGUACCUCAGCAACAGCGAGCUCGAUUUCGCUAUACGCUCCGGCGGCUGCGGCUCAAGCUCCGCCAAAGAUGUUAUCCUCAGCAUGAGCGCCUUUAACGACUUCACUUUCAACGCGGAGGAGGAGACAGUUCUUGUCGGCGCAGGCCAAACGUGGGGCGACAUCUACCGCAAGAUGGAAAGCCUCGCGCCCGGCUUCGCAGUUGUCGGCGCGCGAACUCCAUACGUCGGCGUCGGCGGAUCCAUAUUGAGCGGUGGUAUCUCGUGGCUGAGCCACGAGUUCGGACUAGCAGCCGACCCCCAAAAUAUGCUGGACGCGCAGCUCGUACUGCUUGACGGGCGGGUGGUUUGGGCUUCUGAGGAGCCGGCGCUGCUGUGGGCGCUGCGGGGCGGUGGGGGCAACUUUGGCGCUCUUGUGGCUGUGAGGCUGAAGUGCUAUCAGUACACCGACUCCAUCUACUCCGGCAGUAUUUACUUCCCGAUUGAGGCGCUCGAGCAGGUCUCGGUCGCCGUGUCUGAGUUCGCUAAUCGUCCUUCGGACCCGAAGAUGGCGAUGCAUGUCUUCCUUGGCGGUUGGGAGAGUAGUGAGAUUACGGGCGAGCCGGCGAAACCCCCGAUGUCGAUUAUGGUAUACGAUGCGCAUGGCGAAGCACACGGCAGAAGCGAGCAGGGGUUUAAGUGGGCCUUGAACAUUCCUGGUGCUGUCGACGAGACUUCCACUAUGACCCUCCGAGCCGUAGGCGACCUCCAAGAGGUCGUCCGCCCAAUGUUCGGCGCCCUUCACUCCCACCUCGCCGCCAGCAUCGUACAAGACAUCGACCCGGACUUUCUCCUCCGUGCCUGGAACUGGCUCCACACAGCCAUCCAUACCGAUAGUCGGCUCGGCGCUGGGACCUUUGUUUUGCUGGAGAUCAUGCAGGAGAAAGCCUUUGGGUCGGCCGGCGCCAAUGAUUCAACCGCCUGGCCCCACUCCUCCAGCCGUCACAUCUUGCAGCUGUUGACGGGAUUCGCGCCGGGGUCUGGCUGCUCGGACGAGCUGGCGCUGAAACUGCUGGAGACGGCUCCUGGUGAGAUCUCCUCUGGGAGGCAUGUGGACGGAGAUUACUUCCCCAACUUCCUCAACGGGUACAUGCAGCUCGGCAAGGUGGAGCUUGCGGGUCUCAACAAGGAAGAUGUCCUGAUUAUCACCGGUCAAGACUACCCUACCACCUUCUCCCACGAGAUCUACGGCAUCGUUACCAAGGUCGGCGCGGAUGCUCGAGGUCUGGCUGAGGGCGACUGUGUGGUUGGCUUCAGCUUCGACAGAUUCGCAACGUUUCAGCGUACAUCAGCAUACCUCCUACGGAAGGUUAAGGCCGGUGAGAAUGUUGCUGAAAUGCUGACCUUGCUAAUGGCCUACUCCGGCGCCCUCCACGCUUUGACGACCUUGGGCGAUGCCUAA